GCCUCUACUCGGCCUGAAGCCUCUACUCGGCCUGAUGCCUCUACUCGGCCUGAUGCCUCUACUCGGCCUGAUGCCUCUACUCGGCCUGAUGCCUCUACUCGGCCGGACGCCGGCAUUCAGCCUGAUGCCUCUACCCAGCAUGAUGAACUGAUCCAGCCUGACGAUCCUAUUAGGCCAGUUGACUCGAUGCCCGCUGUUGAUCCAGAUGAUCCGGUACCUGAUCCGGUGCCCGCUGUCGAGCCAAAUGACCUGAUGCCUGGUGACCCAGUGCCCGCUGUCGAGCCAGACAAUCCGGUACCUGAUGACCCGGUGCUCACUGUCGUGCCUGUUGACUCGGAGCCCACUGCCUUGCCAGAUGACGCGGUGCCCGCUGUCGAGCCAAAUGACCUGAUGCCUGACGAUCCAAUGUCUGACCCAGUGCCCGCGGUCAUACCAGUUGACUCGGAGCCCACUGCCUUGCCAGAUGACGCGGUGCCCGCUGUCGAGCCAAAUGACCUGAUGCCUGACGAUCCAAUGUCUGACCCAGUGCCAGCGGUCAUCCCAGUUGACUCGGAGCCCACGGUUGUGCCCUGGUGACUCGGUGCCCGCCGCCCCCCGCCUGGGGGCCUGAGACCUGUCGUUCCGCCUGGGGGUCCGGCGCCCGCCACUCCGCCCGCCUGAGGGUCCGAGACCUGUCGCUCCGCCUGGGGGUCCGGCGCCCGCC